AUGGUGGCUUCUGCUCUGAUCAUGGACCCGAAACCUUUGGAGCCACCGGCUUCUUUCCUGCCGACGAGAUCUGACCCAUGUCUUUCCGAACAGCAUCAGUCCUCCGACGAGGACGAUCUCUACAGUCGCCUCAAGUCACUGCAACGGCAGCUCGAGUUCAUCGACAUCCAGGAGGAGUACGUCAAGGACGAGCAGAAGAAUCUCAAGCGAGAGCUUCUUCGGGCCCAAGAAGAGGUCAAGAGGAUCCAGUCGGUUCCCCUCGUCAUUGGCCAGUUCAUGGAAAUGGUUGAUCAGAAUAAUGGGAUAGUGGGCUCAACCACCGGCUCCAAUUACUACGUCAGGAUUCUUAGCACCAUCAAUCGGGAGCUUCUCAAGCCCUCUGCAUCUGUUGCUUUGCAUCGCCAUUCGAAUGCCCUUAUUGAUGUUCUUCCUCCCGAGGUCGACUCCAGUAUCUCCCUUCUCAGCCAGUCGGAGAAGCCUGAUGUCACCUAUUCUGUUAAGGAUGAGCACCAAAGGCCAACGGGGUUGUUGCAGCCUUUGGGGAUUCCAAAAUGGAAGUUGGAAGAUAUUACUAUGGACUUCGUAGUUGGCUUACCGAGAAUUGUGGGACAGCAUGAGUCAGUGUGGGUGAUUGUGGAUAGGAUUCAAUGGGGUUUUGGUGCUGUUAUUGAGCUGAAAUGA